GGAAAAAAAUAUAGAAAAAACCAAAGAGAAAGACGAAGUAGUUGAAAUUUUGCACCAAAUUUUCGGUAAACUUCGUCGCAGGAAUUCAAUCCCUAUAUUUUCGUCUGUCUUUCUGUGUGUGUGUGUGUAUUUUUAUGUCUGUGUUGUUUUUUUCUUUUUUUUUACUAGAACCCAAACCCUGCUGAACGCUUCGGAUAUAUGAUUACAAUGAAUGUGAUGAAAAUUUAUGUCGUGACGUAGUCGUUGUGAGUUUAAUCAGAAAAUUAAAAAAAAAAAAAUUAUGAAUGUGUCAAAAAAAAAAAAAUCAUUAAAGAUUUAAAUUAAAUAAAAUUUACAACAACAAACAACCACCAAAGGUGUUCAAUUUUUUCUAUAAAGAAAGAAAAAAAAUAGUAAAAAAAAACUAACUAAAUUUCAAUCAUGGAUAGCUCACCGGAUCUUUCGUUAAAGCUCCGUCGUGGCUCUAGUGAUUCACGAGAUUCAUUUUACAUGGAUUUUGCUCAAGGAAUUGACUCUGAUAUUGAGGAAGUCGAUACAACUGUUAUAGCACGACCUCCGGCACCACCACCGCCACCUCCUCAAACCUUACCCACUCCUACCCCUAUUCCUCAAGGACCCCAACAAUCGACAGAACAAUCAAUAGUUACUAGUGUCCCAACUACGAUAACAAUUUGUUCAUCAGGAUCUUCGCAUCCUUUACCAACACUUCCCGAAGUUCCAUCACCAUCACCACACUAUAGAUCUGGACCGUCCGAUGCGGACCUACAAACUGACACCGAAGGCGAUGAUGAGGACGACGACGAUGAUGAUGACGAUGCAGAUCGAGCGGUGAUGCCACCACCUCUACCCCCACUACCCCCAAAUAUGCACUAUGUCCUUGAUUCGGAGGAGACUACUCCUUCUUCGUCAUCCCCCUCGCCACCACCAACUCCACCGCCAUGUGCACCAUUAUCCAUAGUUCCUCCACCACCGCCACCAUUGCCACCGUUGCCAAUGUCGCCUGCAGGCUCUCCACCACCACCAAUGUCACUAAUGAUGCAUCAGGAACAACCACAUCCGCCUGGUGGUGCUAGUAGCAGUGGCAACAACGGUCCAACAACACCACCACCAGCAUUCAAUGAUCUGGAAGAGGCCAAAGGUUCAACUGAAGUUCCCGAAUUAGAUGAGACAUAUGCCAACGAAGAAGACGAAGAAGAAGCUGAAGCAGACGACGAAGCUGAUGAAGUAGACGACGAUAAUGACGUAGACCAACAGAGCGAUGGUAACGGAGCUAGCGCUAUUGCAAUGAAUGGACUACAUCCAGAAGAAACACAAAGCAUUGGCGGAGGCAACAACGAUGAUUCCUCAACGACAAUUACAACACCAGCGAGUAAUGGAUUUUCGACUUCGUUGCCUCUAACACCGGCAGCUAGCAGUAAUAUGACCAUGGCAACGGACUUAACAGGAAUUGAAUCUGAACCGGUGGUAAUUGUGCCAACAUCAUCAUCCACACAUCCACACCGAACCAUGCCAAUACCAGUUCCAGGACCAACUGUUCCGAAAUCAGCUGCUCCGCAUCUCAUUCAGCCCAAGUCAUUGUCAUUAAGGGAGAGCUCAGUGACAGAUAUGCCAUCACCAAUUGCAACAACGAUAACAGCCCCAGCUUCAGCAACACACAUCAACUUUUACGAUGAACACAUAAAAUCACCUCCUAGCAAUCAUCUGCACCACCAUCAUCAACAUCACCAUCAUCAGCAUCAUCAACACCAUCAUCAAACCCAGCAACAUUAUUACCACCUUCAGCAUUCGCCGUUCAUGGAUCGCAGUCCAAUACCGCCGACUGCCCCACAACCGCCAUCUCCAAUGUCUUCCGCUAACCUAUUUCUAUCUUCGGAGACUGGUAGUCAUAAUUCGUCACCAGCUAAAUCUUCGUCACGCCUCCAAUCGACUUCUCAUUCACAUCAUCGAGUGACUAUCGAUGAAUCUAAUUUACCGCUUUCAGCCUCAUCGACACACCAUCAGCUGUUGGCGAUUACUUCGAAGGAUCCGCCAUCUGGCGGCUCGUCACAGAAUCAAUUGGCCAAUAUUGGUGGUGAUCAUCGACAGACAGGACACUUGGCACUGAUGUAUCAUCAUCAUCAGUUAACAAGUUUUCCAGUCCUGCCGGCGAUUAAACGACCGCCACGUCGAUUAAGUUAUCCAGAGCAUCGGUAUCCUCCUAUUAAAGCUGGGGAUGCACUGGCAACACUCUUCUCUGCGCUCUAUGGAAAACUAUUGGUAGUGAUGGGAAUUGCUUUUCCAAUGGCUGAAGUCAUCUCAACGUACAUCCCGCCAUCAUUCUAUGAGGUGUACUAUCUGUAUCUGUAUAUUGGAAGUAUGCUGUUUCUGUUCUUCAUGUACGCCACAUUGCUUUGGGGUCGACCGAAAAUUCCAUUAAGUAUAGGAUCUCCAACGAAAUCUUCAUCCUCGAAGAAACGUACCUCAACUAGUGCCUCAUCGGAGAGCAUGGAUGAAUCAGAUACGGAAAGUAGCAACUCAACAGAUAGCAAGCCGAUUCCAAGUACAAUACCAUCAGCGCGUAGGCCAUCCCUGUUGGCCCCAUUGGGACGUCAACAUCACUACGGAAGUUUCUACUUAAGAAUGGGUGCUGUUGCUUUUGGAAUUGGAAGUAUGAUCUAUUCAGGCCUCGAAUUCGGUCAAUAUUUUGAAUUAGAACGCGAUACAAAAUGUCAUAAUGUUAUGCUGGCAUUAACACCAGCAACUCGAAUGGCAUUUAUCUUUAUACAAAUGUACUUCAUAUUUCUGAACAAUGAGCAAAUUAAAGUAUAUCGCUACAAGAUAAUUGCUCGAUUCGGUCUAAUGCAUAUGAUCGGAACAAAUUUGGCAGUUUGGUUAAAUGUACUAAUUCAAGAAACGAAGCACGAAAUUUUAACAUUUUAUAAUCCAGAAAAUCGAACUUUAAGAAUAGCUCAUCGAUUGGGACAUCGAGCUCAACACAAUAUAGACGCAAUGGCACAUGUUCGUGUACCCCGUGGUCUCAAGGGACCCUAUCAAAUUUUCGAGUGCCGUCGUACAAAUAUUAUAGGAACAUUGGUCCAAGAUGCCUCACCCUUCCUCUUCCCUUGCACAAUCGAAUACUCACUUAUAUGUGCCGCCAUUUUGUACGUCAUGUGGCGCAGCAUAUCUCGACCACAAGCCCCUCCGAUUCAACGCAUUGAAGCAGUAAAUUCGCCCUGCAAACGAUCCCCACAUCAUUACUCUGUCGAUUGUGCUCGUGCUCAUAAAGGUCUUUUUGUGGGAAUUCUAAUCCUCGUCCUGACAAUCAUCUCACUGAUCCUAUUCUUUGUCCUCAUUUCCCGACCAGAUUUUGUCAGCUUAGCAGUCACAGAAGUGACAAUCUGUGAACUUCUCAUCUACGGAACAGCAACGAUCGCAACUCUCGUCGGAAUGAUCCAGAUUAGACAUUUACAAUACGAUGCAGCUCGAAGUUUCCAAUUGGACGAUAUUUUGCUAGUCGGUGCACAGACCGGAUCUUUCCUCUACAACAUCUUUACCGUCAUUGCCGGACAUUUCACCCUUCGUCGUGACACAAUCCUUGUGCUGAUCAACGCUCUAGCGUCGAUCGUUCAAACAGCAUGCCAAACGAUGUUCAUUUUGGACGCAAGUCGUCGUCAAGCCGUCAGUCCCGAACACAUUCGAAAGAAACCUGGCCGUGAAAUUGUCACUUUCAUGCUUGUGGUAAAUCUGGCAAUGUGGGCAAUUAGUACGCUGGAAAAAUCGCGUGCCGAAUCGCACCCUAUUCAAUUGAAUUUCUACGGUCUGUGGGCAUGGACGAUAAUCACACAUGUAUCGAUGCCUUUGGCGAUCUUCUAUCGCUUUCAUAGCACCGUUUGUCUAUGUGAAAUCUGGAAGAGGGCGUACAAACUAAAACCUACUUAUAUGUGAGAAUGUGCCAGGGGGCGCUGUUAUUGUUACUCUGAUUUAGAUUAUCGUGAAGAAUUGUGUUCGUCGACGAGGACGCGUAUUAGCGAGCAAGCGGAUCGGUAUCCUGUUUUCGUUAUUUCGGAUGCCAACUAAGUUAUAUAAGGAAAAAAUGUUAGGUUCUAUGUUUUUUGAGAUUUUAAAAUUUAUAUUAUAAAAAAACAGAUCUUUUAGUUAGAAUUAAGUUAUUAUUAUAAUUAAUUAUAUGGAUUUGAAAUUUGUUUUUAAAUUUAAUUAAUUAAUUUAAACAAAAAUAAUAAUUAAACCAGUCCCCCCUAUGACAAAAAAAAAAUGAAAUCAAUUAAUAAUGACCAAUUUUUAGAUCAAACAAAACAAAACAAAAAAAAAAAACAAUAAACAAUUAAAAUGAAAAUAGUAAUUUUUAGAGAUGAAAACAUAUCCUCAAAACAUUGUCCCUAUAAAUAAAUUAGAAAAAUAAAACAAAAAAUGUAACACAAAUAAAAUAUGAAAUUAUUUUGUAAAUACACAAAAAAAAGCCUACACCUCGACAUUAUAACAAUAUUGUAGUAGAGCUCUAGAAAUCGAAAAUAUUUCGCAUUUUAUCUAAAAAGGAGACACACUCGCACUGAUAAGUUUUCAUCAUCUCUCUGUUUUAUAGAAACAUUUUUUUGGAUCAAAAAAGUAAAUAAAAAAAAAAAAAAAAAUACUCAACUUAUACCCACCAAACAAAAGCCACAAAUGAGGUUAUUAUAAACAAAUAAAAAAUAUACACAAACUUGCAUACUAUUUUUGUAUAUUGUAAAAGUCUAAUUAUAUUAUACAAAACAAAAAAAAAAAACAAAAAAUAAACAUACACUAUUAAACAAAAGAAAAACAACCAAAAAGAAAUACAAGAACCUUUUUUUUCGAAAUAUUUAAACGUAGAUAGAGGUUUUGACAUUUUCCAAUUAAAAGUAGAAUACUCUGGAGCUGUAGGAACAUUUUUUCUUUUUUUUUUAAAUUGAUAAUUUUGGAAUGUAAGAGUUUUUGGAGAUUUGAUUUGAGGUUCUUAAAACAUUAAUUUAAGGUUAAACUUGCAUUCAAGCUUCUAAUAGUUUGUAAAUACAUAGGAACACACUUUCUUUUCUUCAAGGUCCUGAACAUCCUUUAACAAAUUUUCAAGUAACUAAAAUCAAAAACCUAAAUUAUUAAGUAUUGAGCAGUAUUUCUAUCAAUUUGUGUCUUGAGACCUUACAUAUUUUCAUCAUUACUAACAGUAUUUUUUCUAUUUUUCUUAACUUUUGAUUGAUGCACUGAAACACCAGCGAGGGCCGAGAAAAAUAACUAAAUCUAAUUUUUGGCUUGCAGCGAUUCUUGAUUUUCCUUCAUAUUAGAUAUGUUAUGGAUGCGAAAAAGUUUUUAUGUUCAAGAAAAUUUCCGUUAUUUAAAAUAUUUUUACUUUUUUUUUUGUUACCUAAAAUGGAAAGCAAUUAUUGACUUUUUCUCAAAUUUUGGGACAAACAAGAUUAGCUAAAAACUAAAAUUUAAACUAGCAAUACAGUCCAAUGGUUUUAAUGAUUUACUUUGUGUUUUUUGCGGUGCUCAAUACGAAACUGAAUAUGAGAAAUAACUUAAUAGUGGAGUAACUAAAGCUCAAAAAUUGGCAAUAUUAGGGAACCCGGCCGAACAGCUUAGAUUUUGAUGAUCUUUUUUUUCAAACGUCGGUAAUUAAAAAUACUUUAAAGUCUAUAGAUAAAAAAUUGCCGGUGUUGCCGUUUUGAUUUUUUAAAUUUAAUUGAAGAUUUUUGUGAACAAAAACAAUUUUUUUUCAAAAAUUUUUCUUAAAUUUCAUAAAUUAAUUGAUGCCAAAAGAUUGUCUAGGAAAUUCAAGG